CUUGACUGAGUUUUUUUUCUGGCUGCACCAAAAUGUCGAACGCUUACGAUGAAAUUGACGAGAGUUUGAAAACUCCAGUGAAGAAUGGCAGCAUACCGGACGAGAUGACAUCAAGGGCAGAGACAGAUUCCCCAGCCCAAGGGAGAAAGUUGUUCGGCAUCCAGCGCGACCGUCUCGGCGUGGUGCUGUGUAUAUUGGUCUGUGAGUUGUGCGAGCGGAUGACCUACUACAGCAUUGCUGGAAACCUGGUGCUCUACUGCACCAACGAGCUGAAAUUCACGAGUGCCGACGCGACCACCGUUACCUUCAUCUUCACAGGAACGUCUUAUUUUGUGCCGGUCAUCGGUGGGUGGAUUGCUGACACCGUGUCGGGAAAAUACAAUGCUAUCCUCGGAGCUGCCCUCAUUUAUUGCAUAGGCACGACCAUGUUGCCCAUCAUCUCCAUAGAUUUUACCCAUUAUGGCCCCCACCUAGGGCUGACCGUGGGCCAACAGCGAGGCUUCUUCAUGUUCAGUCUAGCCGUCAUUGCCAUCGGUACAGGCGGCAUCAAAUCCAACGUGGGCCCGUUCGGAGCUCAACAGUUGGAUGAUCUUGGAGAGGGUCCAGUCAAAUCUUUCUUCAAUUGGUUCUACUGGUUCAUCAACGUGGGUUCUGCCAUCGCCUUCUCUGCUGUGGUCUAUGUACAGCAGCAGAUCGGAUUCGAUGUGGGAUAUGCUAUCCCAGCAGUCUCCAUCGUCGUGGCGAUCUCCAUGCUUAUGAUUGGCAAAAGGUGGUAUCGUAUGAAACCGCCCCAAGGGAGCGUGUUCACAACUGUCGCUAAAAUCAUCUGGGAGGCUCUGUCACGAAUCAGGCAGCCCAACGCCAGGAAAUGUGAGAUGACAACCUGGCUGGAUCGCGCCAAGCAGAGCUUUGGUGGUCACUUCCCAGACUUCAAAGUGGACGAAGUCAGGUCCUUGGGAAGAAUUAUACCAGUUUUUAUCGUCAUCGUCUUCUACUGGACUGUCUACAACCAGAUGUCAACCACCUAUUUGCUGCAAGGGGAGCGUAUGCGUCUGGUCUACGGCGAUUUCACCAUACCCGUGGCUGCGCUAAGCCUCUUCAAUGCCGCAAUCAUUCUUGUGAUGAUUCCGUUUGUUGACCGUCUGCUCUACCCAUUCAUGGAAAGAAUUGGAUAUCCUCUCUCAAAACUGAAGCGAAUAGGUAUCGGCAUGGUACUAGCUGUCUUUUCCAUGAUCUUGGCAGCUGGAGUUGAAUUUGGCCGGAAAGCAAACAUCAACGAGUAUGGCUACUUCCCGCAGGUAGUUGCUGGCCAGACCUUCAAUGCCUCGGACUUGUCCGUCUUUGCACAGGUUCCUCAAUACGCUUUUAUUGGAGCCAGUGAGAUUUUCACAAGUAUUACAGGCCUAGAGUUUGCGUACUCUCAGUCUCCCAAAUCAAUGCAAGGAGUGGUCAUGGGGCUAUUCCUGGUAACAACAGGCCUUGGUAGCUACAUUGGUUCUCUGCUGGUCAUUGUCGUCAAUGCAAUUACCUCAAGUAGUGGGGAGUGGAUUCCAGAUGAAGUCAACUACGGUCACCUUGAGUUCUUCUUCCUCGUCUUGGCUGUGAUCAUGGCCAUUGACUUCGGCUGUUUCUUGUUCAUCGCGAGGGGCUACAUCUAUGUCAAGGAUGCCGAGAUACAGCAUGACGACCAGCACAGCGACCAACCUCCGGACCCUGGGGAUAAUGGAGAACCAAUGUCCAGCAGGGGAAAAAAGCGGGGCAGUCAGGAUGAAAACACGCCCUUUUUUUAGUGAUUCUGGAAUGACAGUCUUCCUGUUUCUAUCAUCUCCUUCUGCCUGGGCGAGUGAAAAAAAAAGUGACCCGGAUGAAAGGUUUUUUUCUUAAACUACAAUCACAUUUGAUACACCA